AGUAACUUCGAUUGUACUUUCUACCACAUCGACCAAAUAUCACCCCUCUCGUGCUUCGUUGCCUCGAAAACAAACACUUUUGUGCUAAAACGGAGAAAUGAUGCAAAGUUGUCGGUUAAAAUCUUUAGCACUGAAUUUUUUCAUGCCCUUUCUUUGGGUGUGACUUCGAAAGUAGAAAUGCUGUUGUGAUUCCCUCGCAUGUUUUUUAUUAUAUCUUAUCAUUUUGGGCGCCCAGUCAAAUGCUACAGCCUUACCAAGUUGAUAUAAAUCCCCCAGAGACCUUUAAUGUCUUACUAGAGUUUUUUUUGCUUAGAAUUCCAGUCGCCAUUGCCUUGUUGACCCUUGAAGGAAUGCAUACAAGGCCUUGACAAAUAGAAUGCAAAUGUGUUUACUGUUGCCUCUUUGUUGAUGUCUUGAAGACAACGAUUGUGUUGAUGGCAAAUGAACAAAAUAACCCAGUUUGAAACCGGCUGUAGUGGCUGUCAAAAAGAACUUCAAGUGCAGUGAUCGUUAUCUCUUUAAAAUAGCAGGGGUCCAUUCAAUACAAGCGAGAUUGAAGGGCAGCCAUGUUUGGACUGUAAUUGUAGAGGACUGUCUAGCCAUCCCUGGAGAUCAGGGAAUUUAUGUCCAAGCUACCAGAUGGUAAGGUUCCACAGCUUGAUUCUAAAGGAGCAAGGUAUUGGCUGAAACAGCGGGUGUACCAGAUGCCUCUGCAAGAUUUCUCUACUAAGCACUGCCGCAAACUGGCACUUGAUCAAAAAAUGGCAAUGGAUGACAUGUGCCAAAAGAGGACAGAGAAGGCAUUGGGUGUUGGGGCAGUGAAGACAGGCCUUACAGUGCCAGCAUCCUGUCAAAGAUGCAGCACGCCUAUGAACAUUGAUGAGAUGGCUGUGUUCGUGUUGCGCGCAGGACCUGACAUGUGCUGGCAUGUGCAUUGUUUUGUGUGCUCUGAAGAUGGUGAACUCCUGGUUGAUCAUGUUUACUGCUGGAAUGAGGAGAAACAGAUGUUGUACUGUCCACGGCAUUGGAGUGAAUCGCUGAAGCCCCGGUGCGCUGGCUGUGAAGAGCUUAUCUAUGUUGGAGAGUACUCCCAAGCCAUGGAUCAGAAUUGGCAUCCUGGUCACCUCUGCUGUUAUUUCUGUGACGAGUCCCUGUCACAGCAGAAAUUUGUGACUGUUGAAGGACAGCCAGCUUGUGUCACCUGCUAUGACAAAAAGUUUGCCAAUCACUGUGAGAAUUGCAAGAAACCCAUUGGUCCUGGCACUAAAGAUGUUGAUGUACGUGGCAAGCACUGGCAUGAGGAAUGCUUUGUUUGUUCUCAGCAAGACUGUAAUAAACCUUUGUUAAAUCAAGGCUUCACCUUUAAGGGUGAGAAGUUGAUUUGCCAUCUGUGCCGUGGCAUAACACCAUCUAAGGUUUGUGAGGCAUGUGGGGGUGACUUUGCCCAGGGAGAGAAGAAGGUUGGAUACCAGAGCAAAAUAUUCCAUGAGAAAUGUUUUGUGUGUGAUGAGUGCAAACAACCGAUUGGCACUCAGCAGUUUGUCAGGAGAGACGACAAGCGCUUGUGUGGAAAAUGCUAUGAUACAGCUUAUGCUAAGACUUGCACCAGGUGUAAUGAGACGAUCAAGUCUUCAUCAGUAAAGCAUGAUGGUAACAUAUACCACUCAGAAUGCUUUGUCUGCACUAUGUGUUCACAACCUCUUGCUGGAAAGCCCUUCACCAAGCACGAGGGUAACAAUGUCUGCCAAGAUUGCUACCGCAUUAAUUACGCCAAGAGGUGCGCAGCCUGUCAGAAUCUGAUAGAAGGGAGUGUCAAGUUUGUAGCUUAUGAUGAGGAGUUCUUUCACCGAGAUUGCUUCACAUGUGCAAAGUGUGGUAUUCCACUGGCUGGAGAGAAGUUCCGUGUAGUAGAGGGUGAAAAAAUUUGCAUAAAAUGUAGUUCUUAGAUAAAUUAAACUGAUAACUGUUGAGUCUGCAGAGCUGGCAGCCUUUAUGCAAAGUCUCCCAGCUAUGCAGGAUCAUACUGUCAAUGUAACUGGCUGAAAAGCAUUGCUAUACGAUACAGGUGAAUGUUUUACAUCUUGGAGUGAUAAAUUAUUUAAAUUUUAUUCUUUACGGAGUUUGGACUUUUCUUUUUAACUGGUAAUCAAAUCAAAUCAGAUGUGCAAAUUGUUGUCAUUGUUUCUAGCAUUGAUUAUCUUUUAUGUAGAUAAGUUUUUAACAGCGUUUUUAAAUUUCAAAGUAUUGUAACUGUUUUAUUGAUUCAAGAGUUGGUAUAUUGGUUCAACUGUUUUUAAUUGAUGAUUUGUUUAUUUGUCACACGGUAUUAUUUUCUGGAGGAAUGGACAAAGCUAGAUAUAAUAUGUACAUCACAAUGAUGUGGAGUUAAAAUUGUUAUACUGAAUUAAGCAAGAAAUUUGUUUCUUUACAUGGUUGUUGUUUUCGGGGCUAUGGGCACAAUUUUUUAUGCCUGCUGUCAUUUUGUCUUAAUGAAAAUGUAAACAAGGCUGGAGUUGACUUUGUGGCAGUUUUCAACCAUCUAAGAUUGUGUGAACCAUUUGAAAUAUUCUUUUCCUAGGAGAGUUGUUAUUUUACGUCAGCUUGCAUAGCAGUCACUUGCUUUGUUUGAUGAUCUUAGUAGUGAUUGCUGUUUAGGCUAGUAGCAAUAUUAAUAUAAUAACUACUGUGAAAGCAAAUCCUGGAUUCAUGAUAAAUGAUGAGAUUAACAAAGCACUACUUUUAUGGCAAGCAGGUCGUGGGGUUAAAAUUUCUCACUCAACUGACAAAAUUCUGUGUGUGAACUUUGUCACUUCUGUUUAUAACAUAGCCAGUACAUUCCACAAUCCAUAUUAAUAACCCUUUUCACAGUUAACUUUCCUCAUUUGCAUUAGUAACAAAGUAAUCUAGCGAGUUUGUGAGGCAAUUUCAAGCUAUUUUGUAUUUUGAGCCCAAAAUGGUCUCCCAUCCAAGUUGGAUUACAUUUUAAUGCAAAUGAGAAAAACUAACCCCGAAAAGGGUUAUGGUACAAGUGUGCAUCUUUAACUUGAUGAAAGCACAUCCAUGCUCUGUAAAUUUGUUUCAAAGUUUACUUUGUCGUUUGAGUGAGUAAUUUUCUCCAUAGCUUGCAUCCCUUAAAGAUAAGUUAUGUCACUAAGAAAGGGGAUUAGUAAUCCACUUUACCCCACUGUCCCAUCACAAUGUGAGAGGAUAACUCUGGCAACCCUGUUUUAGUAGUACUAUCAUUCCAAAAGGUCUGAGCAUCUUGCUAGUUAAGAAAAUGUCUCCCGAUUCAGGGCCAUGUUAUCAAAUUUCCAACAAAACUUGACUAUUCUCCCCAAAUGGUGUUUAUUUUAGUUGCCCCCUUCCCUAGGGGUAUGGAAUGGUCCUUGAAAAGUGAUGGGUCUGGGCAAAUUUUCGAUGUCUCUAAAUCUUGGCAUCUCAAGCUAGAGUCUUGGAAUUCUCGAGCUCGUUAGAUUCUCGGAAUCUUGUAUUUUGGAAUUUGAGUCUCUUGAGUCUUGCAAGCCAAGCGACAGUUUUGUCUGAAUAAACUGUCAGAAAACAACAGCAACAACACGGCUUAACAUUGCAAACAUCGCUAUUGGGAGACAUGUAGGCUUGAAUAAAUUCUGCUUGUAAGUUGACAUAUUAUACUACUGGCAAUGUGUAGUUCCGGAAAAUAUCCAUACCCACCCCAAGGAAGGUUAACGGAAAUUCCAAGGGGAAGGGGGGUUUCGAACGCCUAAU